ACUGAGCUAACUCCUCACCUUUCUCUGCUGGGGGCUAAAAGACAGCAAGGACAAAGCUUCAGCAGCUGUGACUGGGAAGCCUUCUUGUGAAGAUGCAGCUGCUCCUGCUCCUGUUGGCCUUCUUCCUGCCCCCUGGGGCAAAGGCAGGGGAGAUCAUUGGAGGACAUGAAGCCAAACCCCACUCCCGCCCUUACAUGGCCUACCUUCAGAUCUGGAGUAAGAAUUCUCAAAAGAAGUGUGGUGGCUUCCUGAUACAAGAGAAGUUUGUGUUGACAGCUGCUCACUGUUUAGGGAGCACAAUAAAUGUCACCUUGGGGGCCCACAACAUCAAGAAACUGGAAAAGACCCAGCAGGUCAUCACUGUGAGAAAAGCCAUUCCACACCCAGACUAUAAUUCUAUAAUCUUCUCCAAUGAUAUCAUGCUGCUGCAGCUGGAGAAAAAGGCCAAGCUGACUAAAGAUGUGCAGCCCCUCAGCCUGCCCAAGGCCAAGUCCCAGGUGAAGCCAGGUUCACUGUGCCACGUGGCUGGAUGGGGACGGUUGGUCCCAGAGGGAGAAUAUCCAAGCACACUUCAGGAGGCAGGGGUGACAGUGCAGAAGGACCAGGAGUGUGAGACCUGCUUUAAAACCCAUUACAACAGUAUCACUGAGAUGUGUGUGGGAGACCCAAAGGUUAAAAAUGCUUCCUUUAAGGGUGACUCUGGAGGCCCCCUAGUGUGUAAUAAUGUGGCCCAGGGCAUUGUCUCCUAUGGAAGAAAGGAUGGGACAACUCCAUGUGUCUACACCAAAAUCUCACAUUUUCUACAAUGGAUAAAGAAAACCAUGAAACAACACAGACUGCAGGGAGCAAAUUAA